UGCCUGCUCAGUGUUGUGGGGAGUUACGUUCCUUAGAUGGCCCAUACAAACAUGUCUUUUAGCUGACGGGGUGUGUGUCAUUACAAGAUGUUAGCCUUCUUCUCUCUUUUUCUUCCCAGAGACCCCCCCGGCCGCCCUGCUUCCUCUGCUUCUGUGGCUGGGGGGGUAUCCCCUCCCUCCACACCAUGGAGCCAUCUCUCUCUCCCAGCGGGGCAGCACUCCCCCUGCCUCUGUCGCUGGCCCCACCCCCACUGCCCCUGCCGGCAGCAGCUGUGGUACACGUGUCCUUCCCCGAGGUGACCAGUGCCCUCCUGGAAUCCCUCAAUCAGCAGCGGCUGCAGGGCCAGCUCUGCGAUGUGUCCAUCCGAGUGCAGGGCCGCGAGUUCCGGGCUCAUCGGGCUGUCCUGGCCGCCUCCUCCCCUUACUUCCAUGACCAGGUUCUACUCAAGGGGAUGACUUCCAUCUCGCUACCCAGUGUCAUGGACCCGGGCGCCUUUGAGACUGUCUUGGCCUCCGCCUACACCGGCCGCCUCAGCAUGGCUGCUGCUGACAUUGUCAACUUCCUCACGGUGGGCUCCGUGCUCCAGAUGUGGCACAUUGUCGACAAGUGCACCGAGCUCCUCCGAGAAGGCCGGGCCUCCGCCAGCACCAUGGUCACAAGUGCUGCCGCCACCUCUGUCACUGUCCCUGGUGCCGGAGUCCCGGCCGGGAGCAGUGGAGGCAGCCUGGCACCUGCCUCCAUGGGCUCUGCACGCUCCCACGCCUCCAGCCGUGCCAGCGAGAAUCAGUCUCCCAGCAGCAGCAACUACUUUAGCCCCCGGGAGUCCACGGAUUUCUCCUCUUCCUCCCAAGAGGCAUUUGCAGCUUCUGCAGUGGGCGUUGGAGAGCGGCGAGGAGGUGGUCCCGUGUUCCCAGCCCCUGUGGUCGGCAGCGGGGGAGCCACCUCUGGCAAGCUGCUGCUGGAGGCAGAUGAGCUAUGUGAUGAUGGUGGGGACGGCAGGGGUGCAGUGGUUCCUGGGGCCGGGCUCCGGCGACCCACUUAUACCCCUCCCAGCAUUGUACCACAGAGACACUGGGUUUAUGUGAAGCGGGGUGGAAUUGGCCCGGCACCAGCACCCCUUGUUCCCCAAGACCCAGACCUGGAGGAGGAGGAGGAGGAAGAGGAUCUGGUACUGACUUGUGAGGACGAUGAAGACGAAGAGCUGGGGGGCAGCUCUGGGGUCCCAUCAGGGGGAGGGCCCGAGACUUCCCUCAGCAUCAGCGAUGUCCGGACACUGACAGAGCCUCAGGACAAGGGGGAGGAGCAGGUCAACUUCUGUGAGUCCUCCAAUGACUUUGGCGCCUACGAGGGCACAGGCCCUGCGGCAGCGCUUGAGGACUCAGGAGGGCCGACCCCCUCUUCCUAUGUCCCCUCACACCCACCAAGACCCCUCCUUCCUUUGGACAUGCAGGGCAACCAGAUCCUGGUAUUCCCAUCUUCCUCUUCCUCCUCCUCUCAGGGUCCAGGCCAGCCGCCAGGAAACCAAGGGGAGCAUGGGGCAGCACCCCUGGGGGGCACGCCAGCGGGGGGCCUGGGUGUAGCCACUGGUACCAGUGGGACCCCCGGAGGCACGGGCAGUGGAGACGGGAACAAGAUCUUUCUGUGCCACUGUGGAAAGGCCUUCUCCCACAAAAGCAUGCGGGACCGGCACGUGAACAUGCACCUCAACCUGCGGCCCUUCGACUGCCCCGUGUGCAACAAGAAAUUCAAGAUGAAACACCAUCUGACUGAGCACAUGAAGACCCACACGGGUCUCAAGCCCUAUGAGUGCGGCGUCUGCGCCAAGAAGUUCAUGUGGCGAGACAGCUUCAUGCGCCACCGAGGGCACUGUGAGCGCCGCCACCGCAUGGGCGGGGGAGGGGUCGGACCUGGUCCUGGACCUGGACCCGGACCUGGACCUGGACCUGGUGGGCCAACAGCAUCCACCUUGCCACCCAAGAGAGAGUCCCCUGGAGCCACUGGGGGCAGUGGUGAGGAACCCAGUGGAGCCACGCCCCCAGCCAGCCGCAGAGUCUGGUCCCCUGCCAGUGUGCAUAAGGUGGAGAUGGGCUUUGGUGGGGGUGGAGCAGCAAACUGAAGGGACAGGCUACUGGGAGCAACUUAAGAAGCGGGAACACGGGGCUGGAUCUUUGGGCACCGACACGGCCCCUCAGGUGACUUCCCGUCAUGCCGUCUUCCUUUGAUCGCUGUGGACUUGUACAUACUCUGGAGACAGAGCCACAGUGCAGCAUCCACAACCCAAGCCACCCCUAAGCCCCUUCCUCCCAAGGCACCCCUGGAACUAAGCACAGCCUUCCUCUCAUGGGGUACACCUGUGCACCAGCUCUCCAGAGUAGGGAGCACUUGGUGGGGGUAGGGACAAGGGAGGGGCUAGACAUCCUGGAAUUGCAGGGUUAAGGGUCAGAUGAUUGUAGUUCGUUCCUGAAGUCUGUGUCUGUGUUUGUGUU